AAUAUAAAAAUUCGUUAGGGGGACAAAGAACGAGUACUUAUCAGUGAGUAUCACAGGUCAGGGAGAUCACCGUUUCUCUCCCACACAUCAAACUGACCAGUUAAAAACUCUCUGAAGACGAAGAAAAGUCUCCGAUGGCAUCUGAAGAUCAUCAACAUACCCAUGACCACCAUCACCAUGAUCAUGACCAUCAUCAUGCUGGUGAAUCCUUUACGGGCAAUGAUGGAAAAGUUUACCAUAGCCAUGAUGGAUUGGCACCACACUCACAUGAACCCAUAUACUCACCAGGCUUUUUCAGUAGAAGAGCUCCUCUACUUUCCUCUAGAGAUUUCAGAGAAAGAGCUUUUACUAUAGGUAUUGGUGGUCCUGUUGGUACUGGGAAAACUGCUUUGAUGCUGGCACUGUGUCAAUUAUUACGUGACAAGUACAGUCUUGCAGCAGUGACAAACGAUAUAUUUACCAAAGAGGAUGGUGAGUUCCUUGUGAAGCAUGGAGCACUUCCAGAGGAAAGAAUACGUGCUGUGGAAACCGGAGGCUGUCCACAUGCCGCAAUUCGGGAAGAUAUUAGUAUCAAUUUAGGUCCUCUGGAAGAGCUAUCCAACUUAUACAGAGCUGAUAUUCUUCUUUGUGAAUCUGGUGGAGAUAAUUUAGCUGCUAAUUUCAGCAGGGAGUUGGCUGACUUCAUCAUUUACAUAAUUGACGUGUCCGGAGGUGAUAAGAUUCCUAGAAAAGGUGGCCCAGGAAUUACUCAAGCAGACCUCCUUGUCAUAAACAAGACUGAUCUGGCUGCAGCAGUUGGAGCUGACCUGGAAGUCAUGGAACGUGAUGCUCUUCGGAUGAGGGAUGGAGGUCCCUUUGUAUUUUCUCAGGUGAAGCAUGGUGUUGGUGUUGAGGAAAUUGUGAACCACGUUUUACAAGCUUGGGAAGUAGCGACAGGGCAGAAGCGCCGCCAUUGACCCUUAAUAUCAAGUGUUUGUACCAGUACCACUUUUUAAGUUUGUACCAAACCCGUUGUAUAUCUAGCCAUUUUGCAAACCUUGGCAAAGUUUUGGGUCUUCGCCCAAGAUUAAUAAUUUUCAACUAUUUUAGUUUGAUACACAUCUGGAAGCUUUGAGCCU